AUGGGGACCCUCGGCAUCGCUGUGGCAACGCUGGGGAUCCUAGCAACGCCUUACAGCUUGGUGCCGGCCCCCGCAGUGCUACUGUCGCCAGCCGAGCUGCUGCUGCCAGGGCUCCUGUGCCUGCCCCACUCUGCCCGGGGGCCCCCCCGCACCCCACCUGGCCCCCCUAAGCCCGAGGCCAAGACCAUCGUCCCGGCCCCUGCUCCCACUCCUCCUGGCCCCCAGGAGGUUGACGCAAAGGUGCUGAAGCGGCAGCAGCGGAUGAUCAAGAACCGGGAGUCAGCAUGCCAGUCGCGGCGCCGGCGCAAAGAGUAUGUGCAGGGGCUGGAGGAGCGGCUGCGCCAGGCCCUGGCCGACAACGACCGCCUGCGCCGUGAGAACGGGCUCCUGCGCCGCCGCCUCGAUGCCCUCCUGGGCCAGGCUGCCUUCCGUGUUCUGUAA